UUAUGUCGGGAGAGCAAUUGGCUGGCACGUGCUCUCGUGCGGGAUUUCUCCUCCUUUCCUAUUUCCCUCCUCAGGCUCCGAAUGAGCCAAGAAACUGCCAUCAAAAUUCCCCAUUUCAUCCAUUAAUCCGAGGACGCAUCUGUUCUUGAUUCCGAGAUUCCUCACUCUCAGCAAUCCCACUGUCACACGGAUCGAGUCCCGGAUUGAGCUGAUUCCCCCCCGGCUGAAAAUUCCUCGAGUUUGAUUGCCCGGGCAUUGGUUCUUGACCCAAGAUCGGACCGCUCGUGGCUGAAAGCUCCUGCCUUUGGCGUCGAGUCUCGGGGAUGGCCGAGCUCCAGUUCUUGAUUCGGGGCUGAGCUGGUUGGGGAGAUUGGGCCGAGAUGAAGCGGCGGGCCGCCGAUAACCGGCGCCCGGUCCGGAGGAGCUUGUGGCGUUCGAUCUGGUCGGUUCUUGGGCUGUUCUGUCUCGCCGGGCUGGUCUUGUUUGUGGUUCAUCACAAUCACAAUGGGGAUCGGACCGUACAGCCCUUGUCGGAGGAUACAACUGCUAGUUUUCGAGAAGAAGAUCAUCAGGUUUUCAACUUUACUGAUGAAAUAUCGAGCGACACCUCUUUUGCUCGGCAACUAGCGGAGCAAAUGACCCUUGCAAAGGCCUACAUUAUCAUUGCAAAGGAGCACAACAACCUCCAUCUUGCAUGGGAGCUGAGCUCGAAGUUCCGAACCUCCCAGCUUCUCCUCUCGAGGGCCGCCAUGAGGGGAGAGCCUAUCACGCUAGAAGAGGCUGGGCCCGUGAUCAAGAGUAUGUCUUCUUUAAUCUUCAAGGCACAAGACCUACACUACGACAUUGCCACUACAAUUACGACCAUGCGUACCCACAUUCAGGCCCUUGAGGAACGGGCUAAUGCUGCAGUAGUUCAGAGCGUUGUUUUUGGGCAGCUAGCGGCUGGAUCUCUCCCAAAGAGUGUUCAUUGCUCAAUCAUAAAGCUUGCCUCCGAUUGGCUCCAGUAUCCAACUCUUAGAAACCUUGCCGAUGAGAUAAGAAACUCUCCACGAUUGGUGGACAACAACCUCUACCAUUUCUGCUUAUUCUCGGACAAUUUGCUGGGCACAUCCGUGGUAGUAAAUUCAACAGUUUCCAACGUGGACCACCCAAAACAGCUCGUGUUCCAUAUUGUGACAAACGGUGUCAAUUAUGGACCAAUGCAGGCAUGGUUUCUCAGCAAUGACUUUAAAGGGGCUACCAUAGAAGUUCAGAUCAUGGAGGAGUUCUCUUGGCUCAACGCAUCUUUUUUCGACAUAUCUCAUCAUAUGAAAACCUCUUCUCUGCUGAACCAUCUUCGGUUCUAUAUUCCCAAGAUCUACCCUCAAUUGGAAAAAGUUGUAUUUCUCGAUGAUGAUGUUGUGGUUCAGAAGGAAUUGACUCCUCUCUUCUCCUUAGAGCUUCAUGGGAACGUUAAUGGAGCGGUUGAGACUUGCCUCGAAGCUUUCCACCGGUACUACAAAUAUCUCAAUUUCUCAAACCCGAUUAUCAGCUCCAAGUUCGACCCGCAGGCCUGUGGGUGGGCAUUCGGGAUGAACAUAUUCGACUUAAUUGCCUGGAGGAAAGCAAAUGUCACAUCCCGAUACCAGUACUGGCAGAAACAGAACAAGGGCGGGACCCUGUGGAAGCUCGGGACCCUGCCUCCAGGGCUCCUGGCCUUCUAUGGACUAACCGAGCCGCUCGACCGAAGAUGGCAUGUGCAAGGUCUGGGCUUCGAUCCGAACAUCGACAGCCGCCUGAUCGAGAGUGCAGCAGUUAUUCACUUCAACGGGAACAUGAAGCCAUGGCUCAAGUUGGGUAUUGAGAAGUAUAAGCCUCUCUGGGAAAGGUACAUAAAUAUGAGUCACCCGCAUCUACGAGAUUGCACCUCCAGCUGAGAGACAUAUAAUUUAUACAGAUAUACAUGCUGUAUUCUUUGAUUGCGGGAUAGUUGCGAUCAAGAUUUUUACUCACCAGAUCGCGGGUAUUAUUUUAGGGGGAGGUAGGAAAGAUUUUGGCGCUAGGUUUUUCCUUUUCUUAUUUUGCAUCAUAGAAAUGAUUCUUAUAGAGCAGCAGAGAGCAAAAUUAACAGUGUAAUACAUAAAAGAGGUAAGACAGUGUUUGGUUGAAUCUUCCGCUACCCUUUUGCAACAUGUAACAAUUAUGUCUUUUAACAGCAGCAGAUCAUUUGUUGAUUAAUAGUUCGUUCAUCCGA